CUAGAUACCCAGCUAAGUUUCUGGGGCUUGUUUUGAGCAAAGAUGAGUAUUUCUUCCUGGAUGAUGUAACUGGAGAGUCCAGAUUUGGACAGACUUGAUCAUGGGAGCCAAUACCUCAAGCAAACCACCAGUGUUUGAUGAAAAUGAGGAUGUCAACUUUGACCACUUUGAAAUUUUGCGAGCCAUUGGGAAAGGCAGUUUUGGGAAGGUCUGCAUCGUGCAGAAGAAUGAUACCAAGAAGAUGUAUGCUAUGAAGUACAUGAAUAAACAAAAGUGUGUGGAGCGCAAUGAAGUGAGGAACGUCUUCAAGGAGCUACAGAUCAUGCAGGGCCUGGAGCACCCUUUCCUGGUAAACUUGUGGUAUUCUUUCCAAGAUGAAGAGGACAUGUUCAUGGUGGUGGACCUCUUACUUGGUGGGGACCUGCGUUACCACCUGCAGCAGAACGUUCGCUUCCAGGAAGACACAGUGAAGCUCUUCAUCUGUGAGCUGGCCAUGGCCCUGGACUACCUGCAGAGUCAGCGCAUUAUUCACAGGGAUAUGAAGCCUGACAAUAUUUUACUUGAUGAACAUGGACACGUGCACAUCACAGAUUUCAACAUUGCUGCCAUGCUGCCCAAGGAGAUGCGGAUCACCACUAUGGCCGGCACCAAGCCUUACAUGGCACCUGAGAUGUUCAACUCCAAAAAAGAAGCAGGCUAUUCCUUUGCUGUAGACUGGUGGUCCCUGGGUGUGACGGCAUAUGAGCUAUUGAGAGGCCGGAGACCAUAUCAUAUUCGCUCCAGCACAUCCAGCAAGGAAAUUGUGCACAUGUUUGAGACGGCUAUUGUGACUUACCCUUCUGCCUGGUCACAGGAAAUGGUGUCACUUCUUAAAAAGCUACUUGAACCUAAUCCAGACCAACGAUUUUCUCACUUGACGGACAUUCAGAACUUCCCAUAUAUGAAUGACAUGAACUGGGAUGCGGUUUUGCAGAAGCGGCUCAUUCCAGGAUUUAUUCCCAAUAGAGGCAGGCUGAAUUGUGACCCUACCUUUGAACUCGAAGAAAUGAUUCUGGAGUCCAAACCCCUUCACAAGAAAAAGAAGCGUCUGGCAAAGAAGGAGAAGGAGAUGAGGAAAUGUGAUUCCUCACAGACAUGCCUUCUUCAAGAGCACCUUGAGUCUGUCCGGAAGGAGUUUAUAAUUUUCAACAGAGAAAAAGUUAAAAGAGACUUUAAUAAAAGUCAAGCAAAUCUAGCCUUGGAACAAACCAAAAACCCACAAGAAGAGGAUGGCCACAAGAACAACCUGUAAAGGCCUCUACAUCUUCUUCCUGACUUGGGACUUCUCA